AUGGAAAUUGAUGAGUUGAAAUCAGGCAUGAUUAAGCUUACCGAGAUGAUGCAAGUGUUGAUGGCUAGGACUGAUCCACCUCAGAGGACUGUUAUUUCCGAAGUCUCCACUGCUGUUGUUGAUCCUUUACAGAUAUUCCAACCUCCGGUCUUUUCUGAACCUCCACCUGUUGUUCAUACUACUGCUCAAGCUGUUCCAGCUCGUUAUGACAAUCCUCUCUAUGAUUACCGUUCUGCUGGUUCUCGAAGUGUUAGUCAAGGAGAUUGUGGUGAAGUUGAAGAAGUCCGUGAGCAAUAUCAGGCAUUGGAAAAGAGACUAAGAGCUAUGGAAGGAAACAAUUUCUUUAGUGUGAAUGCUGAUAACAUGGGUCUCGUUUCAAAUCUUGUCAUGCCUUCCAAGUUCAAAAAUAUGGCUCAGAAGGAAAAGGAAUCUUUCAAGGAAUAUGCUCAACGUUGGAGAGAAUUGGCUUCCCAAGUUGAACCACCUUUGUCUGAGAAGGAAUUAACUAGCUUGUUCAUGGAUACCCUUUCUCCUUUCUUUUGGGAGAAGAUGAUUGGAAGUGUGUCUUCAAACUUCACUGAUUUGGUAACAAUUGGUCAAAGGCUAGAAGAAGGAAUCAGGAAAGGAAAAGUGUCUGUUGCUGUUGAUUCUUCAAAGAAACCUUUUGGGGGCUUCCAAAAGAAGAAAGAGAAUGAGACUAAUGCUGUGUCAGAUGACAGAAGAAGAUUUCACCGUAGACCUCAAAAUGGUGAUCAACCUUAUGUAUCUGCUGUCACUCCUGUGCGAGUUCAAGCUCCUCAACCUCAGGUUGCCAACCAGAAUCAGAAUCGCGAUAGGACUCACUUCGAUCCUAUUCCUAUGACUUACACUGACCUAUAUCCCGCGCUGGUCCGAAAAGGCCUUGGUGCAAGAGUUGGUUAG